AUGAAGUGCGAUAGGAAAGAUUGUUCACGAUGUCGAAGGAAACGAUGAUUAUCUUUGUGUACGACCUCACAAAAAAGGUGGAAAACGAUGAUCCGACGGGUUCGAUUAUUUACUUUCAUCCGAUGUGGGUUUCGGAACUUCAGAAAAAGUCUCUCUGUGGUCAGCUUAUGGGAUCCACUCAUUUUUUGGGCGAAACUCUAUCGAAUGUGCGCUUCAUUUCGCUGCAAAAUGGCAAAUUCGCUCUACGGCCCCACGGACGGUUCAUGCUGGCCGUCGGUUCGGACCGCAACAUCCCGAACUCCAUCCUAGAGUACCGAGCAAACUUGUUGUCCAGCCUGAUUGAACUGUUCCACGGCAAUUUUAACACGCUGUCAAACGUGUUUGCCGAAAAGGAGCAAAAGAAUGGCUUCAAUGAGAAGGUGUUCUGCGUGAUGGAGUCAUGUCUGCCGUUGUUGCAGUUCAAUGGCAACAUUUUUCAAAACAUGCCCUCGCUCCGAUUGCCAAAGUGUGCGAGCAACGUGUAUUUGGAGUCGAACCAAGUUCUUCAGAGUUUUCUACAAAACAAGGGAGUUCUUGGGGGCUCAAUAUUUUACCAUAACAAAGUACUGGCAACACAGCUGCCGAUCAAUUUAACGAAACUACUUGUCUACUCCGAUCCCUAUCGUGUUAAAAUAGCCGAUUCAAUAAGCGUAACAUUCCACGUGCCGAACGGCGUUAGUCUCAUCAGUGCGUACAUUAGCAAGCGCGACUAUUUGCAGCUCGUGGAGGCUACUAGAAACAUUCCGAUUUAUUUCAACAACUCCGCCGGUAUCGGCGCACCCUGCACCGGGCCGGUACCGUUUGCCGUCAAGAAAAAGAUCAUACCCUCGAAGGAUCUCGGUGGCGCACUGGGUGGCUUGAAGUCGGAUAAGUCGAUAAUAUUUUCCCACAUUCCCGAGGAAGAGUGUGUACCCGCCGAGGGCCAGCCGGAGCCGACGCCAAAGAAGUCAUUCACCGUUUCGCGGCCCACCUUCCUGCCGUUGAAGUUUAAAAAUCUAACCUCGCGCGACAUCAUCGAUUCGGGAGUGAACUCGAUCAACUUUGACGAAUCCGACAGCUUCCCGAACUUUAUCGGGAAAACAAGCGUAUGCUCGACGCCCCUGACUGAGAACAAGAUCGUGCCAAACCGCAACAUGAUGUCGAUUUGCGUAACUCAAGACAAGCCACCGGCACUGGAGGAGGAGCCCGCCACGGGCGAUGGCGCAAAGCCGAAGGAAAGUGAAAAUGCGAGCAGAUAUUUCAAAAAAACCAACAUCGGAGCACCGUUGAAGUAUGCCACCUUCAGCAACCCGCUGCUGACUUCGCGCAAGAUCCGCGCGCUGUCUUUGGCCACUUUGAACGAGCGUGACGAUGGGGAGGAACAAGAUGAGAGCACUGUGUCCGAGAAUGACGAUGUGGAGGAACGGAAGCAGCGCAACAAAGGGCUGCUACGGCAGUUGAUUAGUAAAGACUAUAACGCUAUGCAAACGGUGGCCGACCCGCUGUAUCCCAUUUUGGAUCAGCGGAAGCGAGCAAUGUCUUUUAGUUUGUUUCAAAAUUUCGAAAGACUUCGCAACGAACGUCUGGCCGAGUUGAUCGAACAGGAAGAGGAGCAAGCAUCGAAGGACAGGGAAGACAAGGGGACAGAGCCCGAGCCAAGGAAAGGCUCCCCUGUGAAUGAACCCAUCGUGAUGAAACCGACCGAUAACCCACCGCUUCGUGCAACCACUCCGAAGGAUCGACGAGCGCUCAGUUUGCCGAUCAAAUCGUUCAACCUUAACGAUGAUUCGCACACGCAGCAGCGCAUUACCAACGGGAGCGGCAGUGGGCAGGAACUGUUUACCCGCCGCAAAAGUACACUCGAACUUACGCCCCUCAUGAACAAGCUAACCGUGCUGGCCGCAAAUGAUCCCGAGUCUAGUGGCGUAUCGAGCUGGGACACGACACCGGGAUGCAGCUACAAUAUGGCCAUUUCGCCCCAGGAGUACAUUCCGCAGCGCCGGAAAUCGCAAGACAUAUCACAAGUGACGGCCGGCCCCCGAGACGAUGACGAAAAGGCACUGGUCAAGGUGGAGCUGUUCGUGUGCGUGCAACAGAACAUGACGCUGGUUCUAGUCAUGCAGGAAAAGAACUGCAAAAAUCAGCGCCUCGUGCAAACUCUGUUCGAGUCGUGUGUUUCGAAGUUCCUCAGGAUUGAGAACGACAUUCAGCUGGCGAUGAACAUUAACGUCGAUGGGUACGACAAGGCGGAGGGCUACAGCUUGAUCGCUCUCGAUUCCGACUGGGAUGUGGCGAAAAAGAGUGGCCCCUGGAGUACGCUGGAGCUGCAAACCACGGAAUCGCUACACAGCUACUUCCGCAAAAGCAAUCUGGUGACGGAAGUUACACUGAAAUCGCAAGACUCCGUGCUGUACGGGUACCAGUGUGGAAUGCGGGAACUCUUUUACACCCAGACGGCGAACGCCCAGAGCGGACCCCCGCCACCGCAGGACGUGAUGGGAUCGGUUCCGCUGUGUGCCAAACGACGCAUCGAGCGGGACCAUUUUGCGUUGCUGCUGUAGAGACUUACAUUAGCGUGCCAGCAACCCGACACAGACCGCCGCAGACAUACCACUACUUUAGCACCUGUCGACACUACGCGUUCUUCUCCGUACGGGGCCAAAUUUUAAUAAUCGUCUAAACCGUAAACACCGUAUCCACUACUCACCGAAUUCCCAAAAGACGGCGCAACCUCC